AUACCCUGGCCAUACGGGGGGGGAGCUUCAUAGAUUGUCUAGGGCUUCUUACUCGGCAGAGGCUUGUCCAAUGCGCUCCACAACCGUGAUUGCAACCACGCCGCCAUCCAUGGGUUGAGGCGAGGGAGCGAAUGAGCGCGCGCCAUACUAGGCUCGCAAGCAGGUGUAUAUUAGGCAUCGGACCGUUUACAAAGUUGGGGGCGUCGAGGUGGUGGUUGGUAGGGACGCGAUCCAGGGCGACUAGACAUGGAGACCGCCUCUGGAAGGAUGUACGCCAGCUUCGAGAGUCUACGAGCUACGCGCGACUCCUCUGUUUCGGGCGAUCUCCCCCUAUACUCGGUCUGAUCUUGGUCGAAGAAGUCAGGAAGAACAUGGAGAGCCUGUCCCAGUUGGGAUACCUCAAUCUAAUUACACCCUCAUCGACGUGGUGAGGGCGGGUUGCCGGAGCGGAGACUUCAGGCUGACAGGGCCUAGAGUGGCGCAAGGCCAUGGUAGUGUAGACAUGCUGCUUCUGUGAUGGUAAGACACGCCGAGCAACUUGAUUAGAAUGUCUAUGUCUUCAAGAUGCAGGGAGCGAACGUGCUGGUUGAAACAAGACUGCGGGGAACACCUAUGCAAGAGUACCCUCUAUGAAGCAGACCGA